AUGUCUGCAACACUUGGCACAUUCAGUUUACCCAAAGUUGAGAACGAGAAACUGAGCGCAUAUGCUCCCGGUAGUCCGGAGCGCAGUGCACUUGAAGCAACCUUGGCAAGACUUUCCGACAAGACAGAGGCUAUUCCCGUAGUGGUUAAUGGCGAAAAGAUAACUGGCCUCUCCACCGCCAAACAAUAUAAUCCAUCGGAUCACAAAAAAGUUGUCGCAGAGUAUCAACUAGCGGAUACUGCAACAAUUGAAAAAGCGAUCGAAGGCGCAUUGAAGGCAAAACUUUCUUGGGAAGCCAUGCCGUUCACUGACCGAUGUGCGAUUUUUCUUAAAGCUGCCGAGUUGAUAUCGGGAAAAUAUAGAUACGAAAUGUUGGCUAGUACUAUGUUGGGACAGGGAAAGAAUAUCUGGCAAGCCGAGAUUGAUGCUAUCGCCGAAGUAACCGACUUUUUACGAUUCAACGCCACGUAUGCCCAGGAAAUAUACGCCGAACAACCGCCCAAGCAUUCUACGGGCGUAUGGAACCGAGUAGAAUACCGCCCAUUGGAAGGAUUUGUUUACGCAGUAGCGCCCUUCAACUUCACGGCCAUUGGGUCAAAUCUCCCGUGCGCGCCUGCAAUAAUGGGAAACGUUGUACUAUGGAAACCGUCAUCCUAUGCGGUUUAUUCUAAUUAUUUGAUUUAUGAGAUACUUGUUGAGGCAGGUCUUCCAGCAGGCGUCAUACAAUUCGUCCCGGGCCCUGCUGCAGAUAUGACCAAAACCGUGCUGUCUUCACCACAUUUCGCCGCUUUGCAUUUUACCGGGUCAACAGCCGUAUUUAAACAAAUAUGGCAUACGAUUGGGGAGAAUUUGCAUUUGGACGUAUACAGAUCCUACCCGAGAAUUGUGGGCGAGACUGGUGGAAAAAACUUUCACAUGAUUCACGAGAGUGCUAAUUUGAGAAACGCGGUUAUGCAGACUUUGAGGGCGGCUUUUGAGUAUCAGGGUCAAAAAUGUUCGGCAUGCUCUAGGCUAUACGUGCCUGAUACUGUUUGGAAAUCGUUUAAGGAUUUAUUGUUGCAGGAGCACAAAAAGAUUGACAUUGGCGUUGAUUUCUUAAGUUUCAUGGGACCUGUCAUUCACAAGAACGCGUUUGCUAAAAUCAAAAGUUAUAUUGAUUGGGCAAACGCGGAUGAUGAGAGCGAAAUCAUUGCUGGUGGAAAAUGUGAUGAUUCUGUCGGUUACUUUAUACAUCCAACCAUUAUUGUUACAAAGAACCCCAAGAGUAAGACGAUGUGUGAGGAAAUAUUUGGACCCAUUCUGACAAUAUAUAUUUACAAAGCCAGUGAAUAUGCGCAAACACUCGAUCUUGUGAACGAGACGUCUUCUUAUGCUUUGACGGGAUCGAUAUUUGCACAAGAUCGAUCAGCAAUUUUGCUCGCUGAUUCCAAACUACGUUACUCAGCCGGUAACUUUUACAUAAACGACAAAUGUACUGGCGCCGUUGUAGGACAGCAACCUUUUGGCGGAGGGCGUGCAUCCGGAACAAACGAUAAGGCGGGAAGCCGUGCUUUGCUGUAUCGGUUUGUAUCUAUGCGAUCAAUCAAGGAAAACUUUAUUAAUUUGGAUGACUUUACGUAUCCCUCGAAUAAGCGUGAAUAG